AUGGCCAUGAGAGAUAAACGGAAUUCGAUUAACGGAGAUGAUCUGUUGUGGGUCAUUAUUGCCUUAGGAUUCGAGAAUUACGUAGCACCCCUUAGAUUCUAUCUCGAUAAAUACCGCCAGGAGGAAAGAGAUGAAAAGUUGAAAGAGAAGGGUGGCCGCCGGCUGUGUAAUAAAAAAGAUGCUUCUGGCGUGGGAAGAUCCGGUGGAGGUAGGAUUAUUGAUUCGUCCGCCGGGUUUGCUACGGGAUUCGGGAUGCAGCAGGGAGGACCGAUGAUGAAUAUUGUGCAGAAGCAGCAGCAGCAGUACCAGGGAGGACCGAUGAUGAUAAUUGAGCACGAGCUGCUGCAGCACCAGGGAGGACCGAUGAUGAUGAUGAUUGAGCACGAGCUGCUGCAGCACCAGGGAGGACCGAUCGACGAUGAUGAUGAUGAUGAUGGGGGAGCAGCAGCAGCAGAAUCAGGGAGGAUCGAUGAUGAUGAUGAUGUGGGAGCAGCAGCAGAACCGAUGAUGAUGAGGGGUGCACCAGGGAGGACCGAUGAUGAUGAUGAUGAUGACUGA